AUGCUCUGUUGGGUCGACUUUUCGAGAAGGUUUUGGGACAUCGACGAUGGUCGGCAUCGGGAGGGAGAUGAGAUCGGAGACGACGCCGGCCGAGGGACGCGUGGAUGGAGCGCUGAGCUGCGGGUUGAGGCGGUGCUCCUGAUCGGCUUUGGCGGUUCCGGUGAGCGGCAGGAUGAAGAGGUGGCUGCACUUCUCAAAGGGAAAGAAGUGGCCAACGCAGACCAACUCAUACCUGAAACUGAAACUACCACUGGAGAUGCACAAGUUUGUCCUCAAGAUCAAGUUGUUGCUGAGCAACCAGAGAACAUAAUUGAAGCUUCUAAAGUGAAACGUCGAGGUACUACAACGGGUGCUUCUGUUGAAAAGGAAAGGCGUAAGACUACUAGUGGAAAGUUGGACAUAAUCAUCCAUCCAAUUCGGAACCGAAUAGUAGGUGACAAUGCCAGACACUUCAAGACUGAGGCCACUACAGUUAUUAAGCAGCAUGCACCACGUCACUUUGGCCGUUGGAAAGAAAUCCCAGUGGAUAUUAAAAUGAAGAUGUGGCUAGCAAUGAAGCAAAAGUUCAAUCUUGGUGAUGAUAUGCAAGUUAAGAAAGUGGUCUUUGAACAAAUGAAUCGUCAGUAUAGAAGUUAUCGGCACAAAUUGCAUAUAUAUUACACCAAGAACAAGGAUCAUGAGAAUAUUUUGGGAAAACCACCAAGUUCAGUACGUCCAAGUGAUUGGCCGAUUUUGGUGAAAUUUUUUGAGGGUAAUGAUGCAUUCAAGCAUACUAGUGCCAGAAACAAGCAAAAUAGACAAAAGUUGAAGAUGGCUCAUACAUGCGGGACAAAAUCUAUUGCACAAUAUUGCUAUGAAGAGCGUGAUCCUGUAACUCACGAAGAACCUUCAAGAACAUCUACUUGGAGAAAAACUAGAUACAGCAACAAGAAAAAAGAGUGGGUGGACGAAUCUUCACGCGAAGUUUAUGAGGAGAUUAUUCGAUUGCAAAGUGAAGUACAUGAAGGCAAUCAUGAUAUCAUGAGUGAAGAUGAAGCGUUCAUUAAAGUACUUGGACAGGAGAAACCCAACCGACUACGUGGUUGUGGAGAUGGCUUGAAACCCAUUUCGAAAAGAGGAAAUGGAGUCAAUGAGGAGCUGCGAAAAGAAAAUGAAGAAUUAAAGAAACAAAGUGAAAAGAUGGCUUCACGGUUGCAGUCUUUGGAAACACAACUAAGCAAUCAAGAAAUUCAAGUGCAAACUCAAGUUGCAGCUCAAGUGCAAGAUAUUCUUAGGUCCCAGCUUCCUACAAUGCUUCAAAAUCUUGGCCACACAAGCCAACUUCCAACAUCUUAA